AUGGCUGAAACAAUACCACUGCGAGAGAACAAACAGAGAACUCUAUCUCAGUCUGAUGGGUGUGGUCUGAAUUACUUUGACGCUCUGGACUUGUCUGGACGUUUGAGGAUAGUUCUGGUGGGCAAGACUGGCUCAGGAAAGAGUGCGACAGGAAACACGAUCCUUGGUAAACCUCUCUUCGAAGAAGGCUCGAGCCCCGUAUCUGUUACCAACCAGUGUGAGAAACAGCGAGGGGAGGUGGAUGGGACUGAGGUCCAGGUGAUUGACACUCCAGGUCUGUUUGAUACAGAGAUCUCAGAGAUGGUAAAUGAAAGAAUUAAAAACCAGAAUAGAGAAGUGCCUGGCCCUCACGCCUUCCUACUGGUGAUCAGACUCGGCGUGAGGUUCACAGAGGAGGAAAGAAACACUGUGAAGUGGAUCCAGGAUAACUUUGGAGACAACGCCUCCAUGUACACUAUCGUGCUGUUUACGUGUAAGGAUCAAGCCGACGCUGACGAUGCUUUGAAGGAGUGCAAGGAGUUGCGGAAACUCAUUGACACAUGCGGACGUAGAUACCAUGCCUUCAACAACAAAAACACUGCUGACCGCAUGCAAGUCAAGGAGCUGAUCACCAUGAUCAAAAACAUGGUGCAGGAUAACGGGGGCAAACACUACACGAACGAGAUGUACGAGAAGGCCCAGAGGAGGCUGAGGGAGGAGGAGGAGCGGAAGAAGCAGGAGGAGAAAGAGAAGGAAGAGCAGAAGAGGAAAUUAUGGGAAGCAGACAGGGAAAAGCAAGAGAAAGAGAGAGAAAUGGUGAAAAAGGUCAGAAUAAAGAAAAUAGGUGUAGCCUUGUUGCUGUUGUUAGCUGGGGCCAUUAUAGCAGUCGGAGCUGAAACCACAGUGGCUUUGGCUCUAGGAGCUCCGACACUCAUCCUGGGAGCGUUAUGUGGCUUAGCUGCUUUUUUGAUAUGGAAAGGCAUAAAAUGCAAACACAAAGCUAAUGUUUCUGUAUAACUAUAACUGAAUGUGCAGUAGAAAUAUUCCAAAUACAGCAUUAACACAACACAGUACCAUACCUUUAGAACAAAUCGGUGAAUGAUGUGUGUUGGCCUCUGUUUUUUUGCAUUCUGCUUCUGAAAUUUUGA